UUCGAGUCCGAUGUAUUUUCCAAACAGAAAUGGCAAACUGGUGGUUUCUCGGUGAUGUUAUAAGCACAACAAUAGAAGAAGACUUUGGUUCCCAGUUAAGGUUAACUCUUUGCAUUGAAGACCAGCAUAACGCUGCUGCGGAGUUAUGGGGAAGACAUCUUUGUUGCGACAACAGGACUCUCGAAAGCAUCGAGCGAUUAAUAUCUCCAUCAUCUAUCACCCGCGUGGAUGUCUCGACUCCAUCAUCGUGGGCAUGUUGGAAGCCACCACAAUACGAGGAUAUAUUCCUUGGCCGUACCAUCCGUGGGUACACGUUCCAGAGUGUAAUAAAGUCAGGAGGAACCGCCACCGUAUAUAAGGUGGAGAAAAAUGGGCGGACAUACGCAGCGAAAGUCUCGCUCCCAAAUCAACUCCACCCGGAUACAAUAUCCAAGGCAUGGGCUACAGAAUUAAGCAUUAUGAGUCAGUUGAAGCACAAAAAUAUAAUUGGAGUUUAUGACCUGUUUCCCCAUCAUGGACUCCAUGUGAUCAUAAUGGAGUAUUUCGAUGGCUGCGAUCUGGCCGACUUCAUUGCCUGUAACAACAAAUCCCAGAGACAAAGAGCUUUGAAAAAGAUCGCGAGGCAACUCGUUAAAGCCAUCAAAUACUUCCAUAAGCACAACAUUGCUCAUCGGGAUAUCAAGCCGGCCAAUGUACUGAUCGGAAAAGAUUUGAAAGUCAAAAUAAUCGACUUUGGGGGCGCCAUGAAGCUGAGACCGGAAGAUACAUUGCUGGACCGGAAGCCGACUAUAAGCACUCCGCAGUACACCCCACCAGAGGUACACGCAAGGGAACGGCGUUCAUCAGGCGACAUCUGCAUGAAAGCAUUUGAUAUGUGGAGCCUUGGAGUGUCCUUAUAUGAAAGUUUGACAGGAAAGCGGCCCAACUUCUACAACUCCACAAUGGGAACAGACACUGUCAUUACUCAGCCCGAUUUCAGUGUUUUUGAAAGUCGAGACAGAAGGUUACUUUGUUUGGUUAAGAAAUGUCUGGAUAUGAAUCCAGAAUCGAGAAUCACGGCUAAAACGGCACUAAAAGAAAAAUAUUUCAGGCGUUUCUAGAUUAUUUCUAUACCCUGCUUAUACCGUAGCCAGCCGUAAACCGUCAGUGCUGCCCUUUGGCGUACCUUCUGAAACGCUUAUUUAUGGCACAGAUUAAGUGCCAGGUAAGCCCCGGGGAUGUAUAUAACAAAAAGGUCCCCAGUAACCCAUGCUUGUCGGAAGAGGCGGCUAAAUAGAGAACGGAUGGUCAGGCUCUAUGAUCCGCCGGUGUGUGUUUCAUGGAACCCAGAUGUCGUGGUUCCCUGCCCACCAUUUCGGUCACAACAAAGUUCCAUUGCUUAAUCAGAUAUCUUACCAUGCUUGGCACUAUUGUAUAAACACAGAACUAGAUCACGACCACAGUGAAAUACCAUCAACGACUGUACUUCAUAUAAAACCCAAAUUCAGGUCAGACCAUGUUAUUAUUGGAACUUGUUUUGCAUAUAUCUUAAUAUUUCAAACCACCGUGUGAACAUGCAUGGGUGAGGUACCAAUAUUAUACUGAAAGUGCUUUUUUUCCUGUUGCCAGAUCACAUGUCGUUCUCCUUUGGACAUUGUGAUGAAUAAACUAUUUCAAUAGA